AGCACUUGCCAGCGUCUCCUCUUCCUCGCUUCAAAAUGUCCCUCUCGCACACGGCUGCCGAGUACAUGCUCUCCGACGCUCUGCUCCCGGAUCCCGGCAGUUCCCGAGCCAAGGGCCUGCGGCUGGAGCUGCCGAGCGAUCGCCUGCUGAAGUUUGUCACUGUGGGGCUGCCCCUCUGCCUUGUCUCGCUGGCCUUUGCCCGGGAGUUCUCUGCCGGCUCCCAGAUCAGCUGCUUCUCUCCCACCAACUUCACGGGGAAGCAGUCUGCCUACGCCGACACGGCUUGCUGGGACUCCCUCAUCCACCACGGCUUCGAUGCCGAGGGACACGCUGUCACCAAGUCCCUCUGGGCUCUCAAGGUCUUCCCCUACUCGCUGCUGGUGGUGGCGGUGCUGAUGUACCUGCCGUACCUGCUGUGGCGUUACGCCGCCGCCCCCGCCCUGCACUCCGACCUGCUCUUCAUCAUCGACGAGCUGGAUAAAUCCUACAACCGCUCGGUGCGCCUGGUGCAGCACAUGAGGAAGGUCCAGCAGGCCAGUGCCGAGCCAGAGCAAUUCUGGGAGGAGUACGAGAGGGCCCGCCGGGAGAGGUAUUUUGAGUUCCCAUUGCUGGAGCGGUACCUGACCUGCAAGCAGCACGCCCACGCCCUGACGUUCAUCUACAUCCUAAGGAACCUUCUGCUGCUCCUGUUCCUGGCUGCCACCUGCCUCUACCUGGUCUUCCUCCACCUCAACAUCUUCUUUCAGGAUGAGUUCAGCUGCUCCAUCAAAACAGGGCUGCUCCAGGCAGAGCCCCACAUCCCCCCACUCAUCCCCUGCAAGUUGGUCUUCUUCUCCAUCUUCCAGCUCAUCAGCCUCUCAGUCGGCAGCGUCUACAUCCUCCUUAUCCCCGUCGUCAUCUACAAUGCCCUGCAGCUCUGCCAGUGGGACAAGGGGCUGCUCUCCGUCUACGAGAUGCUGCCUGCCUUCGACCUGCUCAGCCGCAGGAUGCUCACCUGCCCCCUCAACGACCUCAACGUCAUCCUCCUCUUCCUCCGCGCCAACAUCUCCGAGCUGACCUCCUUCGGCCGCCUCAACGCCGUCAGCGCCCUGAGGGAAACCACGGCCAACAAGGAGGACAUCGACACCGUCAUCGAUUUCAUGACGCUGCUGGCCGGGCUGGAGACCACCAAGCCCAAGCACCACGUUUGCACCCCCGAGGCCGAGGGUGGCACAGCCCUCUCCAAUGGCACGGCCCUAGGACCGAAACCUGGAGUGGAAAUGACAGGAAAACCCUCCCGGGACUCACUCGGCUCUGCCUGAUCCAGGAGCAGGCAGGGAUCCUGCGAUCCCAGGAUCCACUUUGAUCCACAUCCUUCUUUCCAGCAUCGCUUGAGUGCAUUACCCUGGUUCUAACAGCUGUGAUGUGGCAGCUGGGCUGAGCCCACCUGCUUUUCCUGCAGCUGGGCUUUCCCUUCUUAUGUAUGUUUUUCCAGAAAAAUAGGGUUAAACAAUCAAUGUUUUGCACAGAACCUCUUGGGUUCUCUUAUUCCGAGCACUGGGUGCCACAAUGUGCCUCUUCCACACAAAUUUCCCUGCUGUUACAGCAGGAGGGGGAGGAUGGAGGAAUAAAGGGUACUCCUCUGAAGGAAAAAAGGAUCCAGGAAUAAAAUAAGCUGGUUUAUUAACUAUUUACUAUUUAUUGUUUAUUAACAGAGGGAGGUAGAAGGCACUCACACCCUUCACAGCUCCCUCUCCUAGCCCAGCCUUAGUCUUUGGCUGUGGGUUUUUGGCAGAGCUCCUC